AUGGCCUUCCCAAGAUGGCUGCUGCAAUAUGCCUGCAGCUUCCUGCUGCUCAUUUCUUGUUCCGAAGCUCUUAAAUUCGACAUGCCGGCACACUCUGCACACGAGCACAAGGCAUGGCGCUGCAUACAGAACUUCGUCGCCAAGGACACGUUGGUGGUCGUCACGGCUACCAUCAGCGGGCACAAGGGUGACGGCAUGACUGUCAACAUGCACAUCCGGGACACGGUCGGCAACGAUUACGGGAAGCCCAAGGACGUCACGGGCGAGCAGCGGACAGUCUUCACGUCUCAUGCCGACGCCGCGUUCGAAGUAUGCUUCCAAAAUAUUCUGACCGGAUCCAAAUACGUCGAAAACCCCAGCCGCCAAGUCGAGCUCGACAUAGAUAUCGGCGCCGACGCAAAGGACUGGUCCGCAAUCCAGGCUACCGAGAAGCUCAAGCCCGUCGAGGCAGAUCUCCGACGCAUCGAGGAGAUGGUUGCCGAGGUCGUCAGCGAGAUGGAGUACCUGCGCACCCGGGAACAGAAACUGCGAGACACGAACGAGAGCACGAACAACCGCGUGAAGUGGUUUGGCUUCACCACGACCUUCCUGCUAAUUGCUCUUUGGGUUUGGCAGAUCAUGUAUCUGCGGGCAUACUUCAGGUCCAAGCAUCUCAUUUAA